CGAAUACUUUCCUUUUCCCUUGCAAUAGACUUGAGUUUAAUAGUGUUAAUUUCCUUCACAAUACUCCAGUCCUCUUCUGCGUCCUCCCUUAUGGUCAGAAUAUUUAAAAGAAGCAGAAGAAGAUCGAACCUUUGAAAAUGGAGUUUCCCUGGCGUUCGUUCUGCCUAUGGAUAUAGUGUGUCAACGGACGACUAUUUCUACGAACCUUCUUUAGGCCCUAAAUUUUGACCCAAAACCCUCCUCUUUAAAGCUUCACCAAUAACAGUAUCAAAGAGCAAAGCAUAAGAAAACCUAGAGACACACAAAAAUGGAGGGUGAGAUUCUUAACUUCAUUAAGGUGUGGAUUUCAGUCCUCGUUUCUCUGUGCUUUUGCUAUUCCAUUAGGAACAUAGUUCCUAAAGGAACAAAAAGACUCCUUUCUGUACUGCCAGUAGUUUGCCUCUUUCUCUACCUCCCUCUUAAAAUCUCCUCCGUGCAUCUUGGUGGUAGCACAGCAUUCUUCAUCGCUUGGUUGGCCAACUUCAAGGUCCUGCUCUUUGCUUUCGGUAAAGGUCCUCUGUCUUCAGAUCCAUCAAUCUCACUACCACUUUUUAUAGCUCUUGCUUGCUUACCAAUCAAGAUCCGACAAAAGGAUAAAAACAAAGAAACCCCAUCGCCAAAUCCUCGCCUAGAUGGGCAAAGCAAAGAGAACCCAGCUCCUAGCAGAGCUGGUAAAGAAGGCCUUCGGAAUUAUGCAAUAAAGGGUGUACUCUUGGCCAUGUUGAUACGUGCAUAUGACUACAGCGAUUACAUUCAUCCAAAUGUUAUCUUGAUUAUGUACUCUUUCCAUGUCUACUUUCUCCUUGAAAUCCUUCUAGCCGUGGGUGCAGUCCUGGCUCGAAAUUUUCUAGGCCUGGAACUUGAACCUCAAUUCAAAGAGCCAUACCUUGCUACCUCGCUGCAGGACUUCUGGGGCUGCAGAUGGAACCUCGUCGUCACCAGUAUCCUACGCCCCACCGUAUACGAACCCACCCGUGCCAUCGGAUCCCAUCUGAUUGGUCGGAAAUGGGCCCCACUCCCCGCCGUUUGCGCAACCUUUGUGGUCUCGGCAUUAAUGCACGAGAUCAUUUUCUACUAUCUGGGGCGCGUGAGGCCCAACUGGGAGAUCUCGUGGUUCUUUCUGCUUCAUGGAUUUUGUUUAACGGCCGAGAUCGCUCUAAAGAAGGUCUUGAACGACAGGUGGCGGCUGCCGAAGAUGAUCUCGACGAUGCUAACUGUUGGGUUUGUUAUGAGCACCGGCUUUUGGCUGUUCUUCCCCAAGUUUGUCGAGUACAAGGUUGAUGUUAGAGCGUUUGAAGAGUACGCGGAGAUAGGCGCGUACAUGAAGAAUGUGAGUCAGAGCAUAGUUCGUGUUUUACCGGGUCAUUAACACCUAACGGUCUUUUUGUAAAGUCUACCGUCUCAUCGGACCAGUCAAUAAAACAAUACUGUAGCCGGUCAUAGUAAUUUCAUUUUCUAUACAUAUUUUCUAGAACGAUUGUAGUGGUCAAGAGGAUCGAUAAGAGGAAACCUCGGAUGUGGGCGUUGUAUUUUGUUUACCGUUUGAAAGCAGGACAAAUGUCUCCUAUCUC